CCCAGCCCGGGCCCCGACCCCAGCCCCGACCACGCCCGCGGCCCCGCCAACCUCGGCCGCGGCCCGGGCCCCGGCCCCGGCGGCCCAGCCGUGGGUACGAUGCUGCCCAGCUCCAUCCAGAUUUCGGGGGAGCCGCUGUCAGGAGCCGAGGUGCGGGACAUCUGCCGCGGCCUGCGCGACAACGCCGUGCGCCUGCUCUCACUGCGCGGCUGCCGUCUCUGCGACCGCGACUUCGGCCGAAUCUGCCGGGCCCUGGCCGGGGCCACGUCCCUGGCGCAGCUCAACCUUAACCUGGGCGUCGUGUCCAGCCCCAGCCGCAUCAAGCAGCUGGCGGAGGCGCUGCGGACCAACCGCUCCAUCCAGUCCCUCUUCCUGCAUGGCAGCCCUCUGACAGACGCGGGGCUGGCCUUGUUGAAUCCAGCCCUGGCCCUCCACCCUGCCCUCGUGGCACUGGACCUGGGGGACUGCAUGCUGGGUGAUGAAGCCAUCAACCUCAUCUGUGGCCUCCUCCCGCCUGAUGGUGCCAAGUCCGGCUUGAAGGAGCUGACACUGAGUGCUAACCCCGGCAUCACCCCUAAGGGCUGGAGCCGCCUCGCCAUUGCCGUGGCCCACAGCUCCCAGGUCCGCGUGCUCAAUCUGGACUACAAUCCCUUGGGUGACCACGUGGCAGGGAUGCUGGCUGUAGCUGUGGCCUCCAGCCGCACCUUAGAGGUCCUAGACUUGGAGGGCACAGGGCUCACCAACCAGUCAGCUCAGACCCUGCUGGACAUGGUAGAAAAUUACCCUACAGCUCUGCGGAGUCUGGUGUUGGCCGAGAACAGCAUUAGCCCGGAGCUGCAGCAGCAGAUCUGUGACCUCCUCUCUGAGGGGGAGGAGGAGGAGGAGGAGGUGGCAGGAGGGCCUGGCGACACCCAGGAACGAGAGCGAGCACGGGAGCCUGCUGCCCACCAGAGGGGCAGCAGCUCCUGGACAGGCCCCAGUGAUCCCAGCUCUCAGAUGGUGCUAAUGACAUCAGGACUAGGGGACAGUCUGUUGGCUGAGACUGAGAUGUGACUCUCCGUUUCUGCGCAUCAUUACAUUUGUGUCUCCAGCACUUUGCCCCAGAUGUCAGGGUCAGACCCUGGGGCUUGUGGAUAGGGGGUGGUGCCUGGGGCUCUGGCAGCUCCUCGCGGUGUGGUGGGAGGCUCUGGAGGCUGUGACUCAACAAAAUCCUCGGGGGCACUGGAACCCAAGGCAGUGCCUCUGGACUUGUUGGCAGCUCUGGCUGCAGCCCGCUGGCUCGGAAGAGAUUUUAUGAACUCUAUAACCUGGUGUGUGGCUCUGGUCACUGGGGGAUGGCAGUAGGGGAGGAGUUGGAAAUACCUCUAGACAUCACUAGGUGGCAGUGCUACCCUAUGGCCCAAGCUUCAGGCAGUAUCCACUGGCCCCAAAUGUCUCAAACUGGUCUGGCUCAGGUCUCUGACUUCUAGGACCUGGGUUUUUGGGGUGACACCUUUCACAGGCCCUGCAAGGACUAUCAGUGAGGCAAAGCACCCCCAAAACUUGGCUGGACCCUACCCCAAGGAGACUGAGGAGCCCUGCCAAGGUUAAUUGAGGGACAUUCUCUCCCACUUCCUGAUGCUCUGUGCCCAAGGAAGCCCCAGCCAAAGUGAAGUUAAGGAGAGUCAGGAGCAAAGACUAGGACAUGACUAGGACUGGGGAUACUCAAGAAUGGGGAGAAGACUGGUAGAAGGAAGGUCAUUAAUACAAAUGAAGCCAUUCCAGUAAAAUAGUUUUAUUUAAUUUUAAAAUAGUUACCGAUGUGAAAAUUUCCCAGUGCUGGGAGUAACAGUCUAGAGCCAAGGUUGGGAGUGGGGCCAGGCUUCACCUAGAGCCCAGUUUAAGGCCCCUGGAUCCCACCCUCUACUCCCUCCCAGAAGGAGGAGGAAACAGCUGAGGAGCCCUGAGUCAGCCCUCUCCCGCACCCCGAGGGCCUGCUGUGCUAGACCCUGUGAAGGCAACAGCUCGUGCAGGGGACUGAAGGAGAGGGAAGCUGGUCAAAAACUAGAACUUAGAGGUUAAUAAUCCCAAUGACCCCCUACACUCUGGGGGAAAAAAAAAAUGGGUGGCUAUGAAAGGAGGAAGGAGGAUAAACACUGAUGUAAUAAACGCCUCAGCUCCCCAGAACAGACCGAUUUGGGCUGACUGGAAGAAAGGUCAUGAGCCCCAGCUGCACGUUACCAUUGGAGAAUAAAUAUUCCAGGAGGG